GCCCCGGGCUCACCGGGCCGCGCCUGAGGCGGACUCUACGGGACUUGGGGGCGGCGGCAGCGGCGGCCGGGGUGUGCGCCGCAGCUGGCCGGGGUGGAUGGAGUUGGAGGGGCGGGGUGCUGGCGGUGUGGCGGGAGGGCCGGCGGCUGGGCCGGGGCGGAGCCCCGGAGAGUCUGCGCUGCUGGACGGGUGGCUGCAGCGGGGCGUGGGCCGGGGAGCCGGCGGCGGGGAGGCCGGGGCCUGCAGGCCCCCGGUUCGGCAGGAUCCGGACUCCGGCCCAGACUACGAGGCGCUGCCGGCUGGAGCCACUGUCACCACGCACAUGGUGGCUGGCGCCGUGGCGGGGAUCCUGGAGCACUGUGUGAUGUAUCCCAUCGACUGCGUCAAGACCCGGAUGCAGAGCCUACAGCCUGACCCAGCAGCCCGCUAUCGCAAUGUGUUGGAGGCCCUUUGGAGGAUUAUAAGAACAGAGGGCCUAUGGAGGCCCAUGCGAGGCCUUAAUGUCACAGCAACUGGGGCAGGGCCUGCCCACGCCCUCUAUUUUGCCUGCUACGAAAAGUUAAAAAAGACACUGAGUGAUGUAAUCCACCCUGGGGGCAAUAGCCAUAUUGCCAAUGGUACAGCCGGAUGUGUGGCGACGUUACUUCAUGAUGCGGCCAUGAAUCCAGCAGAAGUGGUGAAGCAGAGGAUGCAGAUGUACAACUCACCAUACCACCGGGUGAAAGACUGUGUACGCGAAGUGUGGCAGAAUGAAGGGGCCCGAGCCUUUUACCGCAGCUAUACCACGCAGCUAACCAUGAACGUUCCCUUCCAAGCCAUUCACUUCAUGACCUAUGAAUUCCUGCAAGAGCACUUUAACCCCCAGAGACGGUACAACCCCAGCUCCCAUGUCCUCUCCGGAGCCUGUGCAGGAGCUGUAGCCGCUGCUGUCACAACCCCACUGGACGUUUGCAAAACACUGCUCAACACCCAGGAAUCCCUGGCUUUGAACUCAAACAUUACAGGACAUAUCACAGGCAUGGCUAGUGCCUUCAGGACGGUGUAUCAAGUAGGUGGGGUGACCGCCUACUUCCGAGGGGUACAGGCUAGGGUCAUUUACCAGAUCCCCUCCACAGCCAUCGCGUGGUCUGUGUAUGAGUUCUUCAAAUACCUAAUCACUAAACAGCAGGAAGAGUGGAGGGCAGGCAAGUGAACUAACAACAAGACCAGGGCUUCGGACAACAGGGAUGUACUCUGCUCACUCCAGCCACGUUCUCUGUCUCCUGGCAUGUUCCAGCCUUGAGAGGAGCCAGGUGAAAUGCAGAGGGCUCUCCCCAGGCUGCUGGUGUGUUGGCUAACACCAGUUUCUGCCAACCUCCAUUGCUGCCACUUUUCCUUCCAGGCUCUAAGCCACUGUAGCAAAGCACACCACAGCACCUUUGACAGCCUCUCCACCUGGGCCUGAAGACCUGCUCUAGACUGUUAUAGAGGAAUAAGCAGCUCAUCCCCCUGGUUCCUAAUAAAAAGCCUUUAACUUA